AUGGGGAUCCUCUUCCUAACUCGCCAUCUACUCCCGCAUGCGCAGACAGUCUGGCUGAGCAACAACAAUAAAAAUGACCAGAGCACCAAGAACAUCACAUCGAUCGUGAUCGACGGGCCAGGACUGGUAUAUAAUGUCUACGAGUGGAUAUUGCCUUGGAGCGACGAAUCUGCAAACCCUGUUGAUGCGCAGCCGUCUGCGGAUGAAGUAAGCAUUGCCGUUAUGCAGUUUCUGCUGUGUUUGAUGGGGGUGGGUGUUAGGAUAGAAAAUAUAUACUUUGACGGUGCCCUGCCACUGUCCAAACGCAACACUCGUCUGGAACGAAUGGAAGCAACUCGACAAAAGCUCGAAAAAUUAUGCUGUGAUACGCAGGGGGGUUUCAAAGUUUCCAGCAUCCGCAGUAAGCCCAUGAAUAUCCACCGGGAUAGGAUCUUCGGUCGUCGCCUGCCAUCAUCUCAGUUCAAGUUCUUGCCGGCACCCGCAUUCAUGAUACCCACAGUCAUUGAGGAUUUGAAAUACAGAUGGAAUAGGGAGGAGGUUAUGAAAUGCACAGCCCGCGUUCCAGAAUUGCACGAGAUUGCGUCGCGUCAAACUAGGAAUAUAGAUAAUAUAUUUGCAGGACUAGUCGAAGUUGUCCUAGGGGAAGCUGACGAGCACUGUGCAGCUACAGCGAAGAACUAUGGCUGCGCAGUUCUGACAGGCGACUCUGACCUGCUCGUUCACGACCUGGGCGCGGAGGGAUCUGUGAUAUUUUUUAAUUCUAUUGAAAUGAGCGACUGUCGUCACAUCCGGGAGUCAUCAGCUACAGAAGAAACUGAGGACCCCGAUGCUAUGAAACUAAGCAUACGAGCAACGGAAUUACACCCCGCGACAAUCGCCAAGAAACUGGGCGUUGUCAGUUUCCAGCGCUUAGCCUAUGAACUGAAGAAGGAUCCCUACACGUCGUUUGCGACACUCAUCCACAGAGCGAAGAGUACCACGGGCGUCGCAGAGAAUAGUGCAUCGUAUCAAUCGUUCAUGAAAGAGUACUCGAACAAUAUUGGCGGUAAUGAUUCAAAGCAGAUACAUGUACGUAUGCAUACGGACUUGACAGACCCCAAACUCUCCGAGUUAUUUACGCAAUAUGAACUGCCAGCGUUCAACGGGCCUGAAACAGGGGCAUAUGUAUACCUCCCGAUCCUGGUGGAAUGUCACGGGCGCCGCGCCGCAUGGCUGCAGGGUAGUGAACUGCGGUUACUUGCCUAUUCGCUACUGAAUUUGAGGUAUGCUGCAGACGAGGGACGGAGGAAGGGGAUUGUGGUUGAGCAUAUGCGCAAGGGCCAGCGAAUAGCGCCUGUCACUCUGACACUGAUGACGCAGAGGGAGGUAGAGAGGAGACUUGAGGCGUUCUUGGGGCAGGUUAAUGGGUUCAUGACGGCUGUUUACGGUUGCUAUGGUGAUUCUGUUGAGCGAAGUUCCGUCUGGAAAUGUUUUGCGCUGUAUGAUAUUCUCAGUCGCAUGGAGGGCGAAGACAGGCCCAGAGCGGGAGAGAUACGCAGGUUUUUGGAACGCGGUUAUUGUGGGGCGAAGUUGGAGUGGGAUGAUAUUCACCUGCAUGCGCAGAUGCAGGCGGUGCUGUACUCUCUACGGUUGUUGAAGGAGCUGUUAGUUGUGGAUGGGGAAGAGACAGGGGUACCGCUGUUUGGGGAGAUGUUUUGGCGAAUUGGUACGGGACGUGUCGGGGGUGUUGGCGGAUUUGCCGUGGAUGCACGUGGCUACUCAGCGGAGGGGGGAGUGGUUGAGGGGUUGUUUUCGCUUCUCAAUGUAGAGGAAUGGGAAGAGGAGCUGGAUGGGGAGUCAGUUGAGGGGUUGGAAGGCCUGAGGGUGUCUCCUAAUGGACAGGGUGACCUCUCGAUGGCUAAGGAGGAAAAAGCAUGGGGGGUGGCAGUGACCAAAGCGCCGAGCAAGAAAGGAAAGAGGACGACGAGCGAUGCUGGUUUGGAAGAGACGGCCAAAACAUUGACGACGAGGAGAAAGGGGAGUAAUCCGAAGCCAACUACGAAUUUGUAUGAUAUCCUCAGACAGGUCGGGGAUUGA